AUGGCCCGCUGCAUUCAGCUGGAUGUUCCCCUUCUGUUUCAGGUUGUCGCUUUAAGGUACAUGAACCUUCUCUUAGCAGCCCUGUCCAAAAAUCCAGGCCACCAAGCAGCACCGAUAUUGGCUUUCAGCCUGCCUCAGCUGUGUGGGAAGCUCAGGGAUGGCUCACUCUCACCUGAGAGUGUCUUCUACGCCUACAUGGACAAGGCCCUGGAUGUGACUAGAGAGAUCAACUGUGUGACUGAUUAUCUGGAGGAUAGUGAAUUGCAGCUUCUGCAUAUAAAAAGUCAGGGGAAGAAGGGUUUGCUCUAUGGGGUUCCCAUCAGCUUAAAGGAUUCCAUUGACUGCAAGAGCCACGACUCCACACUGGGCUUGGUGAAGCGUCUCCAUAAACCAGCAACAGCAGACGCUGUUGUAGUCCAGGUGUUAAAACAGCAGGGAGCAAUUCCAUUUGUCAAAACCAACGUUCCUCAAUCUUUGCUGAACUAUGACUGCAGCAAUCUGAUCUUUGGGCAGACGGUACAUCCUAUGGAUCACACAAAAACCCCUGGUGGUUCCUCAGGAGGGGAAGGUGCCCUUAUUAAAAGUGGAGGCUCUAUCCUCGGCAUUGGCACGGAUGUUGGAGGGAGCAUCCGCAUUCCAUCUGCUUUCUGUGGAAUCUGUGGAUUCAAAGCCACAGCCAACAGAAUCAGCAAAAGAGGAAUUGUACCCAGCAUUCGUGGGCAAAAAUCAGCCAAUACGGGAGUAGGACCAAUGGCCAGGGAUGUUGAUGGUGUUGUUCUGUGCAUGAGAGCCCUUCUGUGUGACCAGAUGUUCCAGUUGGACCCCACAGUGGUUCCUCUUCCCUUCAAUGAGGAGGUAUAUUCCAGCUCUCAGCCCCUCCGAAUAGGAUACUAUUCUACUGAUUCCUUUACCAUGCCAAGCCCUUCCAUGAAGCGGGCUAUUCUGGAAACCAAGCACCUUCUGGAGAAGGCUGGCCACAUGUUGGUGCCCUUCAAGCCCUUGCACAUAGAACAUUUUAUGAGCACCCUUUUACCAGCGGGGAUGUUUGCUGAUGGUGGUGCCACCUUUCUAGAAAGCUUCCAAGGGGAGUCUGCGGAUCCCACCAUGAAGGAAGUGUUGCUGGUGGCAAAGUUACCUAAUUGGUUAAGAAGCCUCCUAUCCUGGAUCAUCAGACCAAUAAGUCCUCGUAUGUCAAAAGCCCUGAGGAGCAUGAAGGAGAAGUCUGUCAAUCAGCUUUGGAAACUUCAUGCUGAAAUUGAGGAAUACUGCCACGAAUUCAUUGCCGAAUGGAAGAGGCUCAAUCUGGAUGUGAUACUUUGUCCUGCUCUGGGUCCGGCUUUUAAGAUUGGGUUUCCAGGGAAAUGUACAGUUGGCGCAGGUUACACCUUCUUAUAUAACUUUUUGGACUUCCCUGCUGGAGUGGUGCCGGUCACGACAGUGACAGAAAAGGAUGAGGAGGAUCUGAAAACUCUCAGAGGCUACUACAAUGAUCUAUGGGACAGGACCUUGCGGAAGGCAGUAGAAGGAGCAAUAGGGCUCCCUGUGGCUGUCCAGUGUGUGGCUUUGCCCUGGCAGGAUGAGCUGUGCCUCCGGUUCAUGAAAGAGGUGGAGAAGCUGACCCAAGAAAAACAAAGGAAGUGUUGA